AGUGCAGCCACAUAAUCCGUUGUACUAGACAACAUUUGUUUUGUUUGUUAGCUAGCUACGUGUAAAAUAUAACUAGCUGUAUUACUACACUAUAGCGCAUCUUCGUUUAUAUUAAACUGCUUGAAAUUUGAUCAACUUGCCCGUUCGACUUUUAUCAGACGAGUGGCUGUCUCUUUUCUGUCUGCAAUUAUGGUCCGCUACUUUACAAGAUUGAGAGUGAGACGUAUCUACAAAUGGGGCGGAAGACCUUAUAUCUUCGACAGAAAAUUAAAGAAUUACGGCUUUGAGUACUUGACCAUGAGCGUGGAGGGUCAGGAGGCAGUCACCACUGUAACACCUGGCCAGUACAUCCUCAUUGAGGGAAAUGAUGAUGACAACCCCUUCGUUGCCAAGCUUCUCAAGUUCUUUAGCGAUGAGUCCCACAAGCAGAAGAAGGCGCUGGUGCAGUGGUUCUUGCGCUUGUCUGAGGUGCCCCAAAAUAAGAAGUUGUUGCUGGGCAGGAGCCCCCAUCCCCAGGAGAUCUUCUACUACCUUGGACGUGCCUGUGACGAUGAGAUCAACGUAGAAUCCAUCCUUGGCACUGUACAUGUCCAGCACGUCCCUGAAGAUGCUCCUUUUCCAGAGCCUGGAACCAAGGACACCCUCUAUGUAAAGCUGUCCUGGGACACCAAGGCCUUCAAUGUCUUAGACCCUGUCCUGAUGCAGGAUACCCCUGCCUCAACCCUUCCCAAACCUGCUCUCUCUCUGUUUCCCCCCCGUGCUUCCCCCGCGGUAACCCCUGUGUCUCGGGGCCCAGUGCGUUGUGCCCUGCCCGCCCCAGACCCCACAGUGAUGAGGAGAGCAGGGUCUGUGUCUGACACUAGAGCCACCAUGAGCGCCGGGAAGAUGGGUACCCUUGAGGCAGAGUCGAUCCACUCUGCCUCCAAGCUCUCUGCCUCUAAAAUCCUGAGCGCCAAGAGGAGGGGCAGCGCUGCAGACACACCAGGUGUACGCAAGAAACUACAGCUCAGCAUCGGGGCCAGUCCAGGGAAGAGAAUGACCAGAGCAGAUGUCCUCUGUGAGCUCUUGGAUGAGGAGGUGGAGUCAGAGAAAGGGAUGUCCCUCAAACUGAGCUCCUCAGUUUCACACUCCCUCCAGCAUGGCUGCAGCCUCUCUCCCAUGAGAAGUGGCUGCAAGACCCCUAACGGCCAGAGGGAGUUCCCCUGGAAGCUCGCCUCGAUCAGCCUGGACAGACUGUCUCCUACUGCCCUGGGAGAACAGGACUUCUCCAGAGCUACCACCCCCUCCAGGAGGAAAGAGUCUGCCAUGGCCAUUAGAGAGCCUGCUCUGGGGGUGCUGGCGGAGGAGGACUCCGAGGACUCUCCCAUGCAGCUGAUUGCCAUGACUCCUCGCUCCAAGAGGAAGUCAGCCCAGCUGGUGUCGUUACGCAUCAGGAAGCAGUUGAAUCUGUUGGACAAUACCCAAGAGCUGAUCUCUGAUGGCGAUGAUGAGAGUUUCGUUCCCUACAAGAAGGUCCUACAGAGCAGCAGCGAUGAAGAGAAGACAGAGAGUGAAGAAGAGGCAGUGGUGAUGAAGACCAGAAGAAGAAAUUGCAAGACCUCCGCCAUGACCCCACGCAAAACGGCCAGCAAGAAGAAGGUCCUACAGAGCAGCAGCGAUGAAGAGAAGACAGAGAGUGAGGAAGAGGCAGUGGUGAUGAAGACCAGAAGAAGAAAUUGCAAGACCUCCGCCAUGACCCCACGCAAAAUGCCCAGCAAGAAGGCCACCCCCCGUCAUGCCAACCCAAGUACCCCCCGGACCCCCCGUCAUGCCACUCCCAGUAUUCCCAGCCGGACUGUUCCAGCCAGGCAGCCUGGGAACAUCCUGGAGGAGGCCAGGGCUAGGCUGCAUGUGUCGUCAGUACCAGAGUCUCUUCCCUGUAGGGAGCAGGAGUUCCAGGAUAUCUAUAACUUUGUGGAGAGCAAGGUUAUGGAUGGGACCGGAGGGUGUAUGUACAUCUCUGGUGUUCCGGGAACUGGGAAAACCGCCACCAUCCACGAGGUUAUCCGGUGUCUACAGCACGCCGCUGAUAUGGAUGAAAUCCCCACGUUCCGAUUCAUCGAGAUCAACGGCAUGAAAAUGACCGACCCUCACCAAGCCUACGUCCAGAUUCUACAGAAACUGACCAACCAGAAGGUGACCGCUGACCACGCCGCAGCCCUAUUGGAGAAGAGGUUCAGUAACCCCGCCCCCAAGAAGGAGACCACCGUGCUACUGGUGGACGAGCUGGACCUUCUAUGGACCAGGAAGCAGAAUGUCAUGUACAACCUGUUUGAUUGGCCGACAAGGCGCCACGCCCGCCUGGUGGUGCUGACCAUCGCCAACACCAUGGACCUGCCUGAGCGGAUCAUGAUCAACAGGGUGGCCAGCAGACUGGGCCUGACCAGGAUGUCGUUCCAGCCGUACAGCUUCAAGCAGCUGCAGCAGAUCAUCACGUCCAGACUGAACAAGGUCAAGGCCUUCGAGGAGGACGCUAUGCAGCUGGUCUCCAGAAAGGUGGCAGCGUUGUCAGGAGACGCCCGGCGCUGUCUGGACAUCUGUCGCCGCGCCACUGAGAUUUGCGAACACUCCGCCUCGCACCCGUCCUCCGCGGGAUUGGUGAGAAUGAGUCAUGUGAUGGAGGCGCUGGAUGAGAUGUUCUCCUCCUCCUACAUCACGGCCAUCAGGUGUGCAUCGUUGCAGGAGCAGCUCUUCCUGAGGGCGGUCAUUGCUGAGUUCCGGCGGCUGGGACUGGAGGAGGCCAUCUUCCAACAGGUCUUUGUGCAGCACCAGGCUCUGAGUCGUGUGGAGGGCCUGCAGCCCAUCAGUGUGUCCGAGGGUCUGGCCGUGUGUCAGCGUCUGGGUGCGUGUCGUCUGCUGCUGCUGGAGGCCAGCCGUCUAGACGUGCUACAGCGGGUCAGACUCAACGUCAGCCAGGAUGACGUGCUCUACGCACUCAAAGCUGUCAGAGACUGAGGACCACCGGGGGUCCUAAGGUACAGGGGGGAGGAUGAGGGUCUUAUUGUGGCCCAGAAGAGAACCUGCUCCAUCACUACCAGUCAACUUGGUCAGUUUGAAUUUCAACAACCAAGAUCCCUCUCUAACUACAACUCAUCAGGACCACCGUUGGACCACACAGUCCCACGCCUCAACCACAGCCAAUACUACUGUACCACUCAGGACUGGGAAUGGGAAUCCCACUGACACCUUGUCUGUGUCCACGGUGGGUCUUUUUAGAGGCUCAGUUUGGUUUGAUGCCAUCUUCUGAGAGGUUUUAGGAAUUCUUCUGUUUUAGUAUUCUUUUACAAAUGCUUUUCAAUGUCAUUGUUGUCAGCACAGUAUUUUUGGAAGCUCUUGAAGGGGAAACUGCAGUGCACAUGAACAUUUGAUGGAGUUCUGUCAUAAUUCAAGAACACAAAUCAUGAUUUAUAUUAUAUUGGUUUUAUGUUUGUUUACUGAAAAUUGCCCUUGUUACAAACUUUUGUAAGGAUAUUUAGAUCUGGUUUUAACUCAUUGUGUUGAUGGGAGGAGAGCUAACUUCCCAUCAGUUAGCAAUUUGACUUUCCUCUUUAUCCUUAUUCAAGCAUUUUAAUGUUGCUCUUGUUGGUUUUAGGAUGUUCUUCAUUAUGUGAUUAUUGUAUCUACAAAAGUAAUAAAGAUAUUUAAUAACAAUGCUUGUA